AGACGUUUAUUGAAGGAAUCGGACCAGUAGUGGGCUCCAGGACGCCGCUGUAUCAACAAUCUCGUCUUGUGCGCGCAAUGUGUUGUUAAACAAUUUACAUUUUUUUAACUAUUCUUACAGUAAUAAAAAAUAGUAAUAAUAAUCAACCUACAUUACAAUUUUAUAGAUAACAGAUAAUAAUAUUAUAAUCCAUGUAUAUGUGUGUAAAAUAGUAUAUUGUGUCUCGUUUUUCUUUUCGUGCCGUGAAUUAUUAUUCUAACUUAGACUUGGAUUAGAGCAACAUCCGCAAGAUGACUACAAGGAUCGGGCUAGCCACAUACCUUCUGAUUAUUUUAAUCAGUUUAUACAGCUCAACAAAGGCUGAAAAUGCGCCAGUUACAAGAGUUCGAAGAGAGCCACCAUCGAGGUAUGGACCACCAUCUAAGCCAAAUUCUUCAUAUGGACCACCAAAAUCUUUUGGGGGGCCAAAACCAAUGUAUGGCCCACCUCCAUCUUUUUACGGCCCUCCAAAAGGGUUUUCUAGACCGAAGCCUUCGUACGGUCCUCCUAAACCGUCAUACGGUCCUCCUAAACCGUCAUACGGUCCACCAAAACCUUCAUACGGCCCACCACCAAAACCUAAAUAUGGACCACCGAAGCCAAAAUAUGGUCCUCCGAAACCAUCUUAUGGACCUCCGUCAAAACCAUCUUAUAAACCACCCAAACCAGUUUAUGGACCCCCAUCUGUAGGAGGUUCUAAACCUUCAACAUCAUACGGGGCUCCGCCAUCACCUUCGUAUGGCGCACCGCCAUCAUCUUCGUAUGGCGCACCGCCAUCAUCUUCGUAUGGCGCACCGCCAUCAUCUUCGUAUGGCGCACCGCCAUCAUCUUCGUAUGGCGCACCGCCAUCACCUUCGUAUGGAGCUCCCUCAUCAUCCCACAGAGGUCCUCCGUCGACUUCAUAUGGUGCUCCAUCGUUUUCACACGGAGGUCCUCCAUCGACUUCAUAUGGAGCUCCCUCAUCUUCGCAUGGAGCACCGCCGUCAACUUCAUAUGGAGCUCCCUCAUCAUCACACGGAGGACCUCCAUCAACUUCAUAUGGAGCGCCUCCAUCUCCCUCAUAUGGUACGCCUUCUCAGCCAUCAUCACCAUCUUAUGGAACUUCAUCACUAACAUCUUAUCCAUCUUUAACAUAUGAUGCUCCAUCACAACCAUCGUCUUCAUACGGUGCACCAUCUCCGCCUUCAUCUUCUUAUGGCGCUCCAUCAAAACCACCAUCGUCGUCUUAUGGUGCACCAUCACCCCCAUCGUCUUCAUAUGGUGCGCCAUCUCCGCCUUCAUCUUCUUAUGGAGCCCCAUCACCACCAUCAUCUUCAUACGGCGCUCCGUCAUCUCCGCCAUCUUCUUCGUAUGGUGCCCCAUCAAGACCAUCGUCUUCAUACGGUGUACCAUCUCUGCCAUCCUCAUCAUAUGGCGCCCCAUCAAAACCAUCGCCGUCUUAUGGUGCACCAUCACCCCCGUCUUCAUCAUAUGGCGCCCCAUCAAAACCAUCGCCGUCCUAUGGUGCACCAUCACCCCCGUCGUCCUCAUAUGGUGCGCCAUCUCCACCUUCAUCUUCUUAUGGAGUCCCAUCACCACCAUCGUCUUCAUAUGGUGCACCAUCACUACCAUCGUCUUCAUAUGGUGCACCAUCUCCGCCUUCAUCUUCUUAUGGAGCCCCAUCACCUCCUGCAACAUCAUACGGAGUACCCUCACAUAGUGCACCGUCUUUCGGUGGUCAUUCUAUAUCCAUAACUCCUUCAAUUUCAGUUUCUUUGCCUUCAGCUUCGUAUGAUGCACCAUCAAAAGGUCCACCAUCUUCAUACGGAGCACCUUCUAGCGCCCCGUCAUCUUCUUACGGCGCACCUUCAAACGCCCCGUCAGCAUCUUAUGGAGCACCUCCUAGCGCUCCAUCUUCGUCUUACGGCGCACCUUCAAACGCCCCGUCAGCAUCUUAUGGAGCACCUCCUAGCGCUCCAUCGUCGUCUUAUGGUACACCAACAUCAGGUUCGUAUAGUUCAUUUGGAUCGCAAUCUCAAAAUAAUAAUUAUGGCAGUGAUCAGGGUUCUAUUAAUUUCGAAGGUAUAUUUGGUUCAAAUAACGAGUAUAGUGCACCAAUGCCUUCAAUUACUUACGGAAUACCGACUUCAAACAAUGAAAUUCCAAAAAUAACAUCGAUUACAUACGGUUCCCCUAAAGAUAUCAAUAGCAUUCAAGGGUCAUACAGUAGUCUAUCGAAUUCUGUAGCAUUUCCAGACUCGAAAUCUCAACUAACAGCUGUAAACUCAUACGGAGAACCAGCUUUAAAUCUAGAUUUGAGUCAAUCAGCAUCAAAUUCAUUCCACGUUGUUCAGUCACAAUAUAACACAUUAAGUCCAGAGUCGCAAACAACGCAAGCAAACACCUUACAAAGACGUCAUAAAGAGUCAUCCGAACAAAUCGAUGGACAAUCGUCAAAUUCUGAUAAUAAAACCAAAAUAAAUACUAAAAAAGGAGUAGUAAACGACAAACUAAAUGCAUACUUAAAAUAUAUUUCUAAAACUACUCAAAAGCCAGAUACUGGGUUCCAAGCCCCUGCCAAAACGUAUAGCUUUAACUACGAAGAAUCGCCUACUCAAGUAAAUGAAAGCCUAGGUUUGACAUUUGGAGAUACUCCAAUAAAUCAUAAAAACAAUGAUGCUAACAACGAACAUUACUCGAAUGUCCACAAUUACUCAGAUAACCAAUGGAAAAUAACAGAACAUCUAAGAUAAACAUAAUCAUUAUUCAUCACAUAUUAUGUAGAAACCAAAAUAAUAAUAUCAUAACUAUGAUAUUUAUAUAAUUAGUAAUAAUAACUCAUAUACAUAUUUAUUCAUAGAUAUAUAAUUGUAUAGUCUCCACUUUUCUUUUUUAUACCAAUUCUCUAGAAUAAAUGUUUAAUACAUUUUUAGUAUUCUUAAAAAUUGACGACUGUAGUAAGUAAUAUUAGAACUUUAAUGUUAUACCUCGAAUCAUUCUAAAAGGUUUUCUCUUUUUCUUCCAGUUGUCAAUACUAAGAAGUAAAACAUUUAAAUAUGAAUCAUUGUGCUAUUUUGCUUGCCUUGUUGUUUGGGUAUAAAAUUAUGGGUCACAUCAAUUAGGUAAAAGUACCGUUGAUGUAUAAUAAAUAAUAAAGCUUCUGUGAUAAAAACACACUUUUUAGACUGUAUAACGUAAAAAUGUGUGUUUUUUUUACGUCGCGAUAAAAUGUAAGUGACAUGGUAUGUUUUAUACUACGUCGUUAUUAUAUAUAUAUAUAUAUAUAAAGCUUUUAAUUGUAUACGUAAUAUUAUAUUUUAUUUAAAUAGUCAUAAGUAUAAUGUUGUUAUAAAUACCUGAACGUCAACAAACAAUUAUGUU